CGCCGCUGGCUGGUCGGCGGCAUCAUGGCGGCCGUGCUCGUGGCCGUCGUGGCGCCGGACUUGGGCGCUCCCGGAGGCAACUACCGCAUGCUCACUCUUAGCUCAUCCUAGAUCGCAUUGCACCCAUCCGGCCAUGUCCUCUCCGCAUGGACAUCAUCACCCCACUCGCCCGUUCCCUCGUGUACUUCCUGGCGGGGGCGCGCGGGGCGCGGUGCGGGCGGCGGGAGGCGCGGGCGGCGGGCGCGGCGCUGCUGCAGGCGCGGGUCGCGGCGCCGCUGCUCGCCGUGCUACUGGCGGCCAGUGACGUGGCGGAUGUGAGGGUUGCUAGCGGCCUGGUGACGCUGUCGCUAGGCGGCGGGUGCGCGUGGCUGGCGCUGGCGCUGUGCCCGCGCGCGGCGGCGCCGGUGGCGGCCGAGCACGUGGCCACCGCACUCACCGCGCCCAUCGCCGUGGGGGUGCUGUGUGGGCACUUCUCCCUUCCCCCGCUGGGGGGCGUGGCGUCCGCUGUCUUCUCCUCCGCCACCCCCUUCCUCAUCGGCGUCCUCUACCGGAGGGUCUCCACACGAUACCACAAUAACUCUAAAAAUAAUGAGCAUGCGUUCAACUCCAUCCAAGACUGUGAUACUUGCGAUACGACUAGUGAUAGCAGAGAUGCAAACUGCACCAACACUGCCAUUGUAUUUAAAAAAAUAAACGAAACAAUCAACAGCAACAAUCUUGACGACACAGACGGUUAUGCCCUUAUCAAUAUGGAUACUACCGCUUUUAAUGCAACAAACACUGCCAACCACAAGACCAGCAACACUUAUAGAAACGUAGCUAGCUUUAGAGAUAACCACACAUACAGCAACGCAAUAUCUGGUGAUAAUCCGACCAGUGACACUUCAGCUAUCACCAAUUCCCACAAUGCUGCCAAGAGCGGCAACGCUACGACCGCUCGCGCAGGCAGUAAGAACGGCAACGCAGCCACGACUGCUGGCAGUAAGAGCGGCAACGCGGCCCGCUGCUCGCAGUGGCUGAUGCUGCUGCUGCUGUAUGCUCAAUGCUGUGAGCUGUUGCGGGAAACUCCUGGAGAGCUGCAUGUGGCGGACGUGCUGGGGGCCUUCAUGCUGGUGGUAUCAUGGCUGGCGCUGUGCUACGCCAGUGCCUACGUGUUGUCGCGUCACGCGCGUGACUCGCGCCGCCUCGUGCUGGCCUGCUCGCUCACCAAGAUGGCGGAUGAUGGUUGGGUGGUGGGGUCGGCGUGCGCGGCGCUGGGCCUGUGACGGCUGCCGGCCGCGCUGCUCGCGCCGCUGCAGGCCGCCGCGCUCGUCGCCGCCAUACACCCUGGAGAUGAGGAUGAUGAUGAGGAGGAGGAGGAGGAGGUGUUGCUGCGUUGAGUGAGCGGUUGGAGGAUAGUGCAGUACUUUGUAGUUUGGAAAUGCGAAAAAGUGUACGUGGAAAUCGAAAGCAGUUCAGUUAUGGUAUCUGUAUGCUCUACUGCUGCCGCUACACGGGUUCGUUUGUCGAGAUUCGCCAUAAAUACAGUACUUUGAUUGGUGGAACUUAGAACACGCACUAAACGAGUUUAUUGACGUCGAUAACGAACCCAUGUAGCCGUCUCUUUCAUAUGAGGGAGACCUAAUGGCCAAUAAUAUUUUCAAUAGGACUUAAAAUGUUUGCUUUGUCGCUCAACUCGAACAUUACUGAUCAACAAUCUAAAUAGAAUUGUGAUAAUAAUGGAAAUGUAACUAAGAAGUGUCCAGAAAGAAUGAGAAGACUCAAUGAAUGUGCCUGAAGAUAUGAAUUAUCAUGACCAAGAGAUGUAACGAGGCCUUUAGAUCAACUAGUUUCUAGAUAUCGAAGUAGUACUUACUUAGGUGGGAUUAGUGAUCCCAUGAACUAAUGUUGUUAUAAUGUGUUCUGUUCCAGUCGGAACUAACUAAGGAUUCAGUAUCGAUUUAGGUAGGUAGAUCAUCUCAAUUAAUAUUUUUCCUUACAUAGUCAAAAUUUAGAUAAAAAAAAAAUUUACUUACUUAAUUAAAUUUUAAUACCUAGUGUUGAAUGAAUAAUUUGUGAGUAACAACUAAUUUUAAUAGAUUGUAGUUACGAUAGGUAGGUACUUAGAUAAAUUUGAAACAAUUAGGAUAUGCAUAGAGUGGCCUUAGUGUUCAUAUUAUGUACCUAGUUAGAAAUUGACAUUUUAGCUCCUAAAUUGUAAUUAGGUAGUACCAUUAACCACAUUUUGUCUUCUACUAACUAACAAUGCAUAAGUUUCAAAUAAAUAUUUUUAAUUAAUA